GAAGCCUUAUUGGAAUGCAACUUGUGGUGGUGCCUUUAGUGCUGGCUCUUGGAGUGGUGGAGAUGGUGCAGGCGCAGUCAGGACCACAGCUGACCUUUCACUUUGUCGGACCCAGCACUGACCCCGACUCGGAGACCCUGGAUGUUCACAUCGAAGAGGAGCUGGAUCACUUACUAAAUGGCCUGAUCUGUCGAUGGUCAGGCAACCGUUUCACAGUCCGCAUCAGUCCAGAAACAGCAUCAACCGACCUGAUCGACGAUAGUUUCGCUUACACCAACACCACCGAGGGUUCUGUUGACUGCAUGCUGUCCCACCCUACCUCCCCCGUCACCUGUGUCGACCCCGCCUUCUGUAGCCUAGGCAACAACUGCCGCGCUAAAAUCAGGGCCAUGUGCCCCUUGUACAAGUCAAGCUCCAGGUGGAUAAUGACGCAGGCGGUUGACGUCACGUUGGAGCAGGUGGACGGUGAGGUGGUUGUGACGAGAUGUUUCACCAUGUGCGGACCUCUGGUCGGGGCGGUGUCGGUACCAGACAAGGGCCCCGCCAUAUCCUAUCUCACUGUGUGUUUGAUUGUUGCAGGGGUGAUCAUCGCCGCUGUCAUUCUCGUCGCUUCUCUCGUUUUCUGGAAAAUUAAAGACCACAGCAACUGGAUCAAGCUAGAAAAGAAGAGACAGUCCUUUGUUGUUUUCGCUGAAUGAACUCUACAACACAACAUAUCUAAAAUAAACUAUUGGACUGCUAAUCAGAAGAUGUGUGUAUUAGGUUAUAUUUUUUUACAUUGCUAACCGUCAACGUAUUGCUUUAAAUUUUUAUAAGGUAAAAAAAGAUAUAAAUAAUAUAAUGUUCUUGUUUGCAAAAGUAUAAUGAUUAUGUUACUGAGACUGCUGUAGCAUUUAAAAACACCAGCAAUGUUAUGUGUCAUCGUCUUAAAUCCUGAGAGAGUGUUACCUGAAGAAGCACAUUGACAAUAAAACACUCACGACGUGUGCUUUACCUGAAGCUAUUAUAAUUUCUGCAUUUUUUAACGAAAUAGUGUAUCUCUCCUUACAGCUUUAUACUAUAUUUCUCGAACGAUGGGGCACCAAGUAAAAGCGUAUUUCUCUGAAUGUGCUUUUAUUCUGACAGUUGACUACAGUAUUGUUUAGCAUGCAUUUCUAUUAAAAACAGGUUCAUAUUUAUAUUAUUGCACUAUUGUAUAUAUGUCACAUAGUUUAAAAUGUAAUAAACACUUU